AUGAAUCUGCUGCUAUCGCCUCAGCCGCCCGUUUUCCCUCAUCAGCGCGAUAAUCACCAUCUUUCUACUCCACGAUCAGUCUCCCCUCUUCCCAGCAUGACCAGCCGAAAACGAAAAGCCGACGAAGAUGGCGACGAGACUAUGUCCCCUUCGAGUUCUCCGGCCGUCCCGUCAAGAACACUCGUCCGUCCAUCGAAAAAAAUCCGAGCGAAUGACAUGGUUGGCAGACCGUUGAAUCUCCCUCGACUCCUCGAAACGCUCGACGUUGGCCAACUGCGAACCGUGCUCGAACGCAUCUGCGAACGACACCCGGACAUCGGCCACGAGGUCGUCACCGGGGCUCCGCGCCCCUCGGCCGCGUCCGCUCUCCAGGUUCUGCAAGGCUACCAAGACAAGUUGAAGGCGGCCAUCCCCUAUGGCGAUUCGAGCCCUGAGUACACAUACUGCCGCAUCAAGGAGCCCAUGGUUGCCCUCAUCGACGCCCUGUCAGACUUUACGCCCCAGUUUCUCCCUCCGAUCGAACUGCAACCCACGAAGUCGCUGCAAUAUCUCGACGGGGCCACCAAGCUCAUCCACGAGCUGCCCAACUGGCAAGCACACGCGUAUCGUCACCACAAAGAAAACGCCUACGAGGAAAUUUCGAGGGCGUGGGCUCUGGUCAUCAACGAAGCAGGAAAGCGAGGCGGGGGCAUCAACCUGCACUCGGGCGGUUGGGACCAGACCCUCUUCCGACACAACGAGCAGUCUGGCGGGCGCCUCGGCUCGGCAAUGUCUGCCAUGGGAAGCAGUGUCGGCUGGAUGGCGUCGAAUCAGCCACCAUCCUCGGACCAAACCUCGAUUCUUAACCAGCUCAUGGCGGGAACCUACGGAUUACCUGUGCGGGUUGGACCGUGCCCAGGCGACCAGCACAAGGCGUGGGUCAACCCCUUCGAAGAGGCGCGCCCCCGUGUGUCGGAAUGGACGGCCAAGGAGAUUGCCACCAUCGCGUCUAAGCUCGACAAGCAGCUCGGGCCUGAGUACAUAUCCUCACGGUCGGGACCCGGCGGCUCUCGGGUGCACUAUCUCACCGCUGAAAAGUGCAUCGGCCUCGCAAACGAAGUCUUUGGCUUCAACGGAUGGUCAUCGUCCAUCCAGAACAUCCAGGUCGACUUCGCCGACGAGAAUCCGCAGUCCCAGCGCGUCAGCAUCGGCCUCUCCGUCAUUGUCCGCAUCACCCUUCGCGACGGCACAUAUCACGAAGACAUUGGCUACGGCUCCAUCGAAAAUGCCAGAGGCAAAGCCAUGGCAUUUGAAAAGGCCAAGAAAGAGGGCACGACGGACGGGAUGAAGCGAGCGUUGAGGAGCUUUGGCAACGUGCUAGGCAACUGCAUCUAUGACCAAGAAUACGUCAAGCUCGUUACAAAGGUCAAGGCCCAACCCGUAAAGAAGUUUGAUCAAGACAACCUGCACCGCCACGCAGAUUUCGUGAGGAAGGACCCGGAGAAGGCCGAGGCUACAGGCAACGCGGCUCUCGUCCCUUUCAAGAUGGAAUCCGCAGAAUCGUUUGAGGACUUAAUCGGAGAACUCGACGAGGCCGACUUUUGCGUCCCAGGAGAGGGCCACCCGGACGAGAUUGUCCUGCCCUCUGUCCCGAUCCAGGCACAAGGAUCCAACGAGAAACCCGCUACGAAUCCACCGCCUCAGCAGCCACCCACGCGGGCCCUUUCUGGAACCGCCUCGGGGCCAAGCAAUGGUCGUCCGCCACAGACACCGAAGCCGGCUACCCGGAGCUCCACGACACAUUACGAGGGACCCCAGAAUCAGAAUCGCCCCAUGCCGGCACGGCCAGCGCCUCAACCGGCUGGCGGUUCGUCAGAACCGGUUGCGUUCUUUUCCGCCAGGUCUGUGAUCCCGAAUUCUGACGCGAGCGUUCCCGGACAGACCGGCAACGUGAAUGCCGGCCCUCCAAAACAGCUUUUCAACCCCAAGGCCGAGAGCCCGUCUAUCCGGAAGACGCCUGGAAUCGACCAUUCCGCGUCGAGACCGGUGGCCAGGAACGGGCAGCACGUUCCGCCCACCAGCAGUCAGGCCCCGGGGCGACAAUCGGUGAAUGGCACUCGAGGCAACGUAGUGAAUCCAUCACUUGACCAGACCGGGCGGAUAGGUGCGCCCGGCGGCCCGGGCAGCCCACUGGCGAACAGGGGAUCUUACAAGCCGCCAACGAUGAAGCGACCACUGCCGGGGGACGGAAACGCCACGACCGCAGCGCGCUCACCGCUGGUUGACAUCGCGGCUAAUACGAGCGGCCAGGGCAACGCAACAGCGGCAGAUGGUGUCGAUACGAAACGGCAAAAGUUUGUCUAA